GUGGGAGAGGUGAUGGUACCCAUGGGGUAUGCAUAUUGUCAACGAAACGAUAUGGGCCGCCGUUGUCAGGCCAAGGAUUAUGAGUCAUGAUAGGCCGAAGCAAGACGGAAGUGAGUACAAGGUAAAAAAGGGAGAACAAGGCAAAAAAAGGGUAUUCUUAAGGCUGCAGCAUUGCGAUAACGGCAUGCGGAUGGUGCGUGUUUCCAGAUGUGUGCGAUAUGCAUCCCUUCUCCGUCACGGUACUGCCCUUCCUUAAAAGGGGUUAUUUUUGAGGUGGUCGUGCACGAGGCUGUAUUUUAAUGUGUUGUUUUCCUUGUUGGUGGUAGUAGAAUUUCUGAGAAAACAAGGAGAGCUGUCAAAUAAUAUCAAGAUAUUCGUGCAUGGGCGCAGUAGUUUAUCGAUGACAGGGCAGCGGUGCUGUCCCAACUGUAACAC